AUGGCAAAACAGAAACCGAAGAAGCUUCAUCUGGCUGCGUUUAUCUAUUCCGGCCAACAGACCCAAAUCUGGCGACAUAGAGACCAGCAUGCUCACGACAGCCUUGACGUCGACUAUUACAUCGAGUAUGCCCAGCUCGCCGAAGCCUCCAAGUUUGAUACCUUAUUCCUCGCAGACGGAGCGAGCUUCCCAUCCGGGCCCCUGGCCAAGCAUCUCUGGAGCGUCAGCACAUUCGAGCCAGCAACCCUCUUCUCAGCGAUCGCAGCUCGUACAAACCAUAUCGGCUUGAUCUAUACAGCCAGUGUCAGUGAUAACGAGCCUACUCACGUUGCUCGCCAGCUUGCCAGUCUUGACCACAUUAGCCACGGUCGUGCGGGGUGGAAUGUUGUCACCACCCCUGGGCCCGGUUCAGAGAAUCUUCGAAUCCCUAGCGAAGAGACCAAAGACAGCUCCGCGAAAUACUUCCGAGCAAGGUCAUUUCUGCAAGCCACGAAGGCUCUCUGGGACAGUUUCGAAGACGAUGCACUGAUCAGAAACAAGGAAACCGGCAUCUAUGUAGUCCUUGAGAAGAUUCAUCCGCCCAAUUUGGAAAGCAGCCUCUACAAGAUCACUCAGCCCUUGAAGGUUGAGAGACCCAUUCAAGGAUAUCCCGUGAUUGCCCAAGCAGGGACUUCUCCGGAAGGAAUUUCCUUUGGUGGUUCAUCCGCCGACGUCAUCUACUGCGCCAACUACUCUAUAGAGGAUGGUCAAAAGACGUAUCGUGCUUUGAAGAGCGCGGCUGUUGCUGCGGGAAGGAAUCCUGAUCAUCUCGUUAUCCUUACCGGUGUGGCGGUUAUUUGGGGUGAGACGCAGGAAGCGGCGGAGGCUAAGCUCGCCGAGGCGACAGCAUUAUGGCCGAUUGAUAUUGCUAUCCAGAAUCUAGGAAUCGAUGUUGGCGAGGCGGAUCUAGAUGGUCCUUUUCCAGAAGACUGGAAGGCACUUUUCUCACAGGGGCGCUCCGCUGCUAUUGCAUCCUUUGCGCUCAAGAAUAAGUUGACAGUGCGUCAGCUAGCCGAGCGAGCUUCAGUCGGCCUAGGACAUAGACCUCUGGUGGGAACGACAAAGUCAAUCGCCGACGACUUGCAGGCUUGGCUUGAAGCAGAAGCAACAGAUGGUUUCGCGGUCAUCCAGCCGCUUCUCCUUCAAGGCCUGCAGGACUUUAGCACUCAUGUUGUGCCGGAGUUAGUUCGUCGGGGACUGUUUCGAUCUGAUUAUGAAGGUGCCACAUUGAGGGAAAAUCUGGGCAUUUCACGGCCUCCAAACCAAUAUGUUAAACCUCAGUAA